AUGAAGAAGGAUCCUACACUGUUGAUUGGUUUCAAAAAUGGCAUUCUUGCUACAGCUGCUCUUCGAAAGGAGAACAGUAACUUUUAUGCUUUCGUAAAACACAGCUGUGAAGGCUUAAUCGAUUUGGCCAAAACAUGGGAUGGUUACGAAGAAAUUGUCGUCAAAAUGGAAAAAUAUGCUACUAAUUUAAUGGAAAAUUUACUCAAGAUGCAAGAACCCCUACCAGGAGAAUUUAAAGUUCUCAACCACGGUGACCUGUGGGUUAAUAAUGUAAUGUUCAAAUACGACGAAAAUUCUGUUCCCUCAGAUAUGGUGUUUCUGGAUUACCAAAUGAGCAUAUGGGGAAGUCCUGGAAUCGAUCUCAAUUACUUUUUCUACACAAGCCUGUCGCCGGACUUGCUGAGGACAAAGAGGGAAUUCUUCAUCCGAUUUUAUUACAACGAACUGAGGACAAAUCUUACAAAGUUGAGAUGGAAUGUAAUACCGACCUAUGAAGAGUUGCGAGCACAAAUCGGUCGUCGUGAACUUUUCGGCUUCUUCGCCAAUCAUGCUAUUUAUCCAAUAAUUAGUAUUGAGGAAGAGCUAGCGGGAGAUAGUACAUUUCAAAACUUCUCUAAUCCGGACAAGGUAUCACCAUGCAGCAUGAACCACAAUCAAUUCGAACCCAGUUUAUUAACUGUACGAGUAUCGCCAGAGGGUACAAAUUCAAAAUGUCACACCGGUUCCAUGAGUGUUAAUUAA